AUGCCACCUACUUUUAGAUCCUCUCGCUCUGGUCGCCAAUUCGGCGAUGGCGCCAACCGUAACAGAAGUCAGAUCGAUCACGAUGUUUUCGAGGGGCUCCCUGUACGACGCUGGACACGUCAAACUCAGACCGUCUCGCAAGUCCCCAAGGCCGAAGGCACAGAAGCUGUCGUGCAGGGUCCGGGGGGGAAGUCAACCAUCCCAGAACACCCAAUGCCCCGAGACAGUCACCUGUUGAGUCCCAUGAGCAGAGCCCUCCUGCGAGCUGCGCGAGCCGGAUGCAUCUACAUCCGCCAAGCGUCUAAAGACUCCGAAGACGAAGAGAAAGAAGCGACUGAUGGAGAGGAACAGCCACUUAUCCAGAGCACCGAACGCAGUUUCGUCACGCGCAAAUGGUCCGCAGUACCGAGACACCUAGAAUCAUCAGAAGUUGAAUUCCUCGCCAAACGACGACCGGGUUUACCAUCUCUAUACGGUGCUGCUGCUGGGUCUACGGAUGGAAAUAAUGCACCUGCGCCGAUGAGGAGGACCAAGUUCAAGAAGGUCGAUCCGGCGACCGGAAAUAUCUCGAUUUAUGAAGCCUGGGUACCGGAGGGACACAAGAUUGAGGGGGAGAUCACUGAUGGGUCUCAAGUUUCAGCUGAAAACAGCGCGGUCACUGUGACUCCUGAGGCGCCAGCGCCCGGUACGGUCAUUGAGGGAGUUGGGGUUGUCAACGCCGAGGGUGUGGUAGUCGCAGAUACAAACUCCGCAGCUGUCAUGACUCCUCCGAAAAGACGGCCUCCUCCCCCAAAGCGCAAGGCGAAGGGCUUUGGAAAGGGACGGAGAAAGAAGGUCAUGUUUGCUCCUGGCGAUGGCGCGGAUGCCGCCACGGUCCAUGGUUCCAAUGGCUCCGGAGUGGAUGGCGCUGCAGAAUAUGCCAAGGACGGGGAUGCGUCCCGCAUGUCUGGUGACCAGAAUGGACAAGAAGAGGACGAUGAGGAGGGCGAGGAGGGCGAUGAGAGCGACGAGGGUGAUGAGUCUAUGCUAGAGGCCAAGACUCCGGAAACUCCAGUUCAGCGUCCCAGCACUGAGCCGCCCACCGACUCGACGCCUGUGCCCGCACCGGCCCCGGCAACUGAACCAGCUGCCAAAGCUGAUUCCACAGAGGCGGCGUUGCCAACCCCUGAGCUUCCUUCAGCUGCUCCAGAACCGGCUCCAGCACCGGCUCCAGAGACAGUUGCAGAGCCAGCUGCCCCACUCCCUCAGCCAGAUCAACCAUCAGUCGCUGCUGAACCUCCUUCACAAGCUGCUGCUAUCCAGCCCACACCAGAGGCUCCCGAGCAGACGAGUGAGGCAUCAGGACAGAAAGAAGAUGUGGAGAUGACCGAAGCUUACCCCUCAAUACCUGGUCCUGAGGAAAGUGUAUCUGCAACCCCUCAGUCAGUUCCAGCUACUCAGCAACAGGAGCCCACUCCUGGCGCUGAAGAUGUUCCGACCUUACCAUCCCAGGAAGCCCCCCAACCUCCCGUUGCGGAAGCAUCGUCAGUCGUGCCAACCUCAGAGCAACCUGUCGAUAAAGAGCCUGUAGAUGAGCCAGUGCAGCCAGAUAAGACAACUACUGAUACUGCUCAGCCGCCGGCACAGAGUGACCAGAUUAUGGAUACGACCAUGGAGGAUGUUGAACCUCUCCAACAAACCGCACAGGAUCAAGCGGCGGUUCCACCGCCGGCGGAACAACCGAUACCCGAGCAAGCAGCUCAGACUAGUAAUGUUGUCGCAGAGAACAAGGAAGUUGACCUCUUGGGUACUUUGGAAGCGAGUCUGAGCCAGCCGCCGGGCGAGGAACAGGGUGACAACCGAGGGACAGACAUUGAGAUGGAAAUGGAUGCACCUUCCCACAUUGAGCAGCCUGCUGCUACGGAAACAGCUGAGCCUCUUGCGGAUAAGCCAGGGGAGCUUGAGACGCAAGCAGCAGAGGAUACUACCGUGGCUGCAGAAACUGCCGUUGAACCAGCUGCAGUGCCCGCUGAACCACUCGACGAACAGCACACCGAAAAACCGUCCGAGGCACCUGCACCGCAGCCUAUCGAACAACUCCCCGAAGCUCCAGCAGAGCAAGUGGAAGAGCCGGCAGGCGAGCCGGUCAUGGAGCAGCCAGUGAAGUCGGAAUCACCUGCUCAGCCAGAGCAACCUACGCAAUUAGAGCCACCUGUUCAGCCAGAACAGCCUAUGCAGGAAGAGCCUGUACAGGCAGUUGAACCUGUGCAGUCAGAGCAGCCAGAGCAACCUAAGCCACCUGUUCAGCCGGAACAGCCUGUGCAGGCGGAGCCUGUAGAGCCAGCGGAGUCUGCGCAGCCAGAGCAACCGGAGCAACCAGAAGGGACUCAGCAAUACGAGCAGCCUGCGCAACCAUUGCAGCAAGAGCAACCCCAAGAGCAAGCCCCAUCACAAGCUUCUGAGGAAGUUCCAGCCCAGUCUGCAGAGCCGACACCCCAGACUGCAACCGAGCAGCAGCCCGAGCAGACCGAACAGACACAGACCGAGCAGGCGCCUGCUGAGCUACCGUCAGAGCCACAAGCAGAUGAACCACCAAAAGCACUAGAGGAGCAUGUUCCCGUUAACGCAGAGGAACCAGCCGCUCCCAAGGUAGAAGAACAAGGAACACCCCUCGUCCCACCUCAACAACCAGAGGAACCCCAGCCACCCAAAGAACCUACGCCGCCCGCAUUACCUGCUACAGAGGCACCACAGCAACAGCCAGAGCCAGUACCGGCGCCACAGCCCCCAGCUGAAGAACCUCAAGCUGAAGAAAAACCAACCCAAGAAGGUCCAGCUGAGGCUGAAUCCAAGGAGCCGGAGCCUAUCUCCGAAGCCGAACCCACCCCAGCCGAAGCCCCCUCUGCACCUCCCAUCUCUGCGCCUGAGCCUGAGCCCGAGCCCACCCCCGAGCAACCAGCCCAGGAGACGACCAAACCCGAGGAGGCAGAGCAGCAGGAGCAACAACAACAACCACCAGCUGAUACCAAGACAGCAUGA